GAGAUCUCCAAAGAUUUGAAAGAUGAGAUCAACGUUGUUGGCUGGUAUCACUCCCAUCCUCACAUCACGCCCUUUCCAAGUGACGUGGACCUCAAAAUCCAAACUAAUUUCCAGCAUCUUGACCGGAACUUUAUAGGACUCAUCUUUUCAGUCUUUGUUACGCAACACAAUUCUCCGUCCAUCUCUGAUAAGACGGAGUGGCGUCUCCAGGUGUGCAUUCAGCCCCGCCCCAGCGCCUCCUCCAACUUCUACCAGGUGUCUUGUCCGAACUGGAAAUUGGUUUCGGACUGCAUUAAGGAUCAGUAUCUCCCCGAUGCUGAGGUUUCUGUUGCUGAGGCUGCAAAGUCGAACACAGACUAUUUGAAACUUAAAAUGUAUCUCAUGAAGAUGGAAAAGGUGGUGGAUAUCAUCACUAAUACAAUGGCCACAUUUGUGAAAUAUCUAAAAACCGGUCUCAACAUGAUUGCUGAUGCCAGAAAUUGA